AUGAAUUAUAUUGAUUAAGGCACUGCUCUUUCGAGGAAGGUUCCCAACAGAAAGUUGUCUAAGAAGAAUUCUUUGUUUUAUUAGGUAUGAGUGUUGUGUUUAAUAAUAGCAAUCGGUGUUUGAGAAUGAGGAAUUCAUGCAAAAGUAUGAGAAGAAUGUCGAUCAAUUGCAAACCGUGAUCGAGGAGCCUGAGUUGAAAGAGGUGAUUCAGAAUAGGAAUGAGAAGUUUUUUUAGGUUUUGGAGUAAAUAAUCAAAGUGGAAUCGUCAAUCAAGGAAUUCGCCAAGGGGUAGUAUUGGAUGUUAAUGUAGGUAUUAAAAAUACGGAUUUAUUGUAUCUGACACAGGAAUCACUUAUAGAGAGUGGGCACCAAAUGCAAAGGAAUUGAAAUUGAAUGAAUAUGGUUGUACGACUGACAAUGGUGGAAACUGGGAAGUGUUUAUCCCAAAGGAUGACGAUGACAAUCAUCAAAUCCAACAUGGGAGCAAACUGAUCACCUAUUGCAAUGAACUCGAAAGAGCUUCAGUCUGGAGUAGUGUUAAGAUGGGAGAGUAAGCGAUAUUUUGGAAUCCAGACAACAGAUACGAAUUUCAAGCACAGCAGAUGCAACAGAAACAAUAGAGCAAAGGUCUGAAGGUGAUAAAGCAAAAGAUAACAGAAUUGCAGGGAGUUAAUGGAUAUAACACCAUAAUGAUUACUCAAUAAUUACUAAUGUAACUGGACGUAAAUUUAAUAACACCUGACGAUUUGAAAAGAAACAUCGAUGUUCUUCAUUAGAAGGGAUUUUCAGUCAUAAUGGAGAUUGAUCAUGAAUUAAUAGGAAAAUACUUGAAUAAUUGGGAUGGCACAGGAUAUCAAUACUUGAGGGAGGAAAUCGAACAAUUGGACUAUGGAAAAUGGGAAGUUUUGAGAUUAUUGUUAUCCAACAUAUCUUUUUGGAUUUCCGAAUAUCAAAUAGACGGAUUCAAAUUCUCUAAUAUUGAUGUAUCAGACGACAUUGAUGCCACUGUCUAUUUGAUGUUGGCCAAUGAUUUGAUCCAUGAUUUGUUGCCAAACGGUAUCAGUAUAAUCUAAGACUUGGACUACCCAGCACUUUGCAGAACAAUCAAAGAAGGAGGUUUGGGUUUUGAUUUCAGACUCUCUAAACUGCAACACAAGUAAUUAUUACCGAAGACACUCUUCGAAAACACAGGAGUGUACACUCAAGCUCAAAUUUUAAAUGCAUUGGCUAUUGGUUCUGUAAGAAUUAUAUUAAAUGUAGGGGUUAAUUUAGGAGGUCUAGGAUGAUUAAUUUUUAUUGAUUGAACAACAGUGUGGUUGGUUGGAAAAUGAGGUUGCUGAAGUAAAUGAAGUGGAUUCAGUUUUGCAGAUCAAAAGGGGAAAGUUUACAUUUUUGAUAAAUCACACAAAUGAAGUAAAAUUAAUUAUUAAUAUAUUUAUUUUAUAGAACAGAGAAACUGUGUUGAAUUUGUAGAUUACAAAGAUCUUGAACAAAUAAGAGUUAAAGUGGGAGUAAUUAGAUGAGAAUACCAUAAAACUAAUUGUUGAGUCAGAAUAGGGAUUGAUAAUUGAAUGAUAACUGAUAACUAAUCUGAAUUUACAGAAUAUAUAAC